CCUAUAUGAAUAUCUUUUACGUUCACAUGUGCACGUUUGUUUUUGAACCAAUUUUUUGAUGUUGAUAUUCUCGAAAUUCUCAUUGAUUAUCAGUAUUGCAAAAUGGCCAAAACACGAACACCAAAAUUGUUAUCGAUGAAAGAUUCACGUGUGAAAAAUCAACUCGAAAUGAAACCACGGCCUUUGAAAAAAAAGGAACGUGAAAAAGUAAAAAAGGCAGCAAAACGUGCCGAACGUCAGAACCAACCAGCCAUCGUAUCAACAACAAUGUUUUUUCAUUACAAUUUACAAUUAGGACCACCAUUUCGUAUAAUAUGCGAUACAAAUUUUGUAAAUUUUUCCAUAAAAAAUAAGCUUGAUAUAAUGCAAUCAAUGAUGAAUUGUUUAUUGGCUAAAUGCAUACCAAUGGUCACCGAUUGUAUCGUUGCGGAAUUACAGAAAUUAGGACAAAAAUAUCGUCUUGCAUUGAAAAUUGUUAAAGAACAAUUUGAACGGCUACCAUGUUCACAUAAAGGAACAUAUGCCGAUGAUUGUAUUGUUAAUCGUGUCACGCAACAUAAAUGCUAUAUUGUUGGCACUUGUGAUAAGGCAUUGAAACGGCGUAUUCGUAAAAUUCCUGGUAUACCGAUCAUGUUUCUUGUUGGCCAUCAAUAUACAAUCGAACGAAUGCCCGACGCUUAUGGUAUACGUACCUGAGAUGUUUAUGGUAAUCGUUGACAUCUUAGUAAUGUGAUUAUAUCUCUAUAUAUUUUAAACUUUCACUUAUAAUUUUAUUUUAUAUAACAAUCUAAUUAAAAUAAUGAAAUCAAGUA